UGAUCGAUUAAUUGAAAGCCCGGACCGAUAUUGACAUUAUGCUACCCUGUUGCUAAGAAACUGCGCCCGUGUCUACGUCAUUUGGGAUCUGUUUGUGACAACGUCGCUCAACUUGAAUUAACCUAAUAUACUUCUAAAAGAAAGAAAAAAACAGUCUAGGGGGUAUGCCGUUGAUGUUGGAACAGCUGGUUCCGAACAACAGGACAGGAAAAUAUUAAAAACCGGCACACAAAACACAAAUUAUACAUCUAUGAGAAACUCAACGCAUCUGAACUUCAGUCACAGCGUCCCGUUUGAGAAUAUAGGGCUGUACCAACUGCGGCAUAGUGAGGGGCGGGGGGGUGUACCUGAAUUACAAUUGUAUUAACUGGAAAAGAUAACAGCUACAAACAGCUCGUUUGCAAUGUUUUAAAUCGAAAGUAUAUUGUAAUGUUUAAGUAAAAUAGCCUUGGUGUCACAGUUCGUUGGUUGAGGUCUAUAUUAGACGAAGACCCCCACUUCACGGUGUGUGCUUUGCGAUUGAUAUAUCCCUCUUCCCGCGGCCCCGCCCCCGUUCUGUGUGGCGGGAGACAGAGCCGUUCGGUCACCAAGGAGACGAGACCGGGGAGCUUGAGGUGCCUGUUUACCCUGGAGAGAAGAAUCGAGACGGUCCGAGCGAGUGACUAAAGGACUAGAGACGUGCUGCAGAUCCCACUGACAAUACCUCAAGACUGUCUUAUCUUGGUGAAAGUGAAGGAAGAAAGAUGGAGUCUGUUUACAUUAAACAGGAGGAGGUUUUGGAAUUGGUACCUAUCUGCAUUAAACAGGAGAUGCCUGAACUGGAGCCUGUCCACAUUAAAGAAGAGACUGAACUGGAGGCUGUCCACAUGAAAGAAGAAGAGACUGAACUGGAGCCUGUCCACAUGAAAGAAGAAGAGACUGAACUGGAGCCUGUCCAUAUUAAACAAGAAGAGACUGAACUGGAGCCUGUCCACAUUAAACAAGAGACUGAACUGGAGCCUGUCCACAUUGAAGAAGAAGAGACUGAUCUGGAGCCUGUCCACAUUAAAGAGAAGUCUAAGGACAAUGUGCUGUUUAAGGAUUCAAAAAACACAUUCCGGACAAAGGUAUCACAUCAAUGUACUGACUGUGGGAAGAGCUUCAGUCAGUCAGGACCCCUAAAAGCACACCAGCGAAUUCACACUGGAGAGAAGCCGUAUCACUGUGCUGACUGUGGGAAGAGCUUCAGUCAGUUAGGAAACCUAAAAUCACACCAGAGAAUUCACACUGGAGAGAAGCGGUAUCACUGUGCUGACUGUGGGAAGAGCUUCAGUAUUGCAGGAAACCUAAAAUUGCACCAGAGAAUUCACACUGGAGAGAAGCCGUAUCACUGUUCUGACUGUGGGAAGAGCUUCAGUCAUUUACACAGCCUAAAAAUGCAUAAGCAAAAUCACACUGGAGAGAAGCCGUAUCUCUGUUCUGACUGUGGGAAGAGCUUCAGUCAGUCAGGACCCCUAAAAGCACACCAGCGAAUUCACACUGGAGAGAAGCCGUAUCACUGUGCUGACUGUGGGAAGAGCUUCAGACAGUUAGGAAACCUUAAAACACACCAGAGAAUUCACAUUGGAGAGAAGCGGUAUCACUGUGCUGACUGUGGGAAGAGCUUCAGUAUUGCAGGAAACCUAAAAUCACACCAGAGAAUUCACACUGGAGAGAAGCCGUAUCACUGUUCUGACUGUGGGAAGAGCUUCAGUCAGUUAGGAAACCUAAAAUCACACCAGAGAAUUCACACUGGAGAGAAGCCGUAUCACUGUUCUGACUGUGGGAAGAGCUUCAGUCAUUUACUAAGCCUAAAACUGCAUAAGCAGAAUCACACUGGAGAGAAGCCAUAUCAAUGUACUGACUGUGGGAAGAGCUUCAGUCAGUUAGGAAACCUAAAAUCACACCAGAGAAUUCACACUGGAGAGAAGCCGUAUCACUGUGCUGACUGUGGGAAGAGCUUCAGUCAGUUAGGAAACCUAAAAUCACACCAGAGAAUUCACACUGGAGAGAAGCGGUAUCACUGUGCUGACUGUGGGAAGAGCUUCAGUCAGUUAGGACACCUACAAUCACACCAGAGAAUUCACACUGGAGAGAAGCCGUAUCACUGUUCUGACUGUGGGAAGAGCUUCAGUCAUUUACUAAGCCUAAAACUGCAUAAGCAGAAUCACACUGGAGAGAAGCCAUAUCACUGUUCUGACUGUGGGAAUUGCUUUAGUCAGCCAGUAAGCCUAAAAAUACACCAGAUAACUCACACUGGAGAGAAGCCAUAUCACUGUUCUGAUUGUGGGAAGAGCUUUAGUCGGUCAGGAAGCCUAAAAAUACACCAGCGAAUUCACACUGGAGAGAAGCCAUAUCACUGUUCUGACUGUGGGAAUUGCUUUAGUCAGCCAGAAAGCCUAAAAAUACACCAGCGAAUUCACACUGGAGAGAAGCCGUAUCACUGUUCUGAUUGUGGGAAGAGCUUUAGUCAGUCGGGAAGCCUAAAAAUACACCAGCGAAUUCACACUGGAGAGAAGCCAUAUCAAUGUAUUGACUGUGGGAAGAGCUUCAGUCAGUUAGGAAACCUAAAAUCACACCAGCGAAUUCACACUGGAGAGAAGCCGUAUCACUGUGCUGACUGUGGGAAGAGCUUCAGUAUUGCAGGAAACCUAAAAAAACACCAGAGAAUUCACACUGGAGAGAAGCGGUAUCACUGUGCUGACUGUGGGAAGAGCUUCAGUCAGUCAGGACCCCUAAAAGCACACCAGAGAAUUCACACUGGAGAGAAGCCGUAUCACUGUGCUGACUGUGGGAAGAGCUUCAGUAUUGCAGGAAGCCUAAAAUCACACCAGAGAAUUCACACUGGAGAGAAGCCGUAUCACUGUGCUGACUGUGGGAAGAGCUUCAGUCAGUUAGGAAACCUAAAAUCACACCAGAGAAUUCACACUGGAGAGAAGCCGUAUCACUGUUCUGACUGUGGGAAGAGCUUCAGUCAUUUACUAAGCCUAAAACUGCAUAAGCAGAAUCACACUGGAGAGAAGCCAUAUCACUGUUCUGAUUGUGACAAGAGAUUUCUUUACAAGAGUCAAGUAAAAAAGCAUAAAUGCCAUUUUUGAAAAUGCAAAUGAAACUGAUAGAAAUCAACAUUCCAGGCAGUGUUACAAUGGUCCUUGUUUUCGGUUCUUCCAUUCCAGGUCUUUGUUUCAACCAGAUUGGAAAUGAAUGAAUCAACCUUCUGAUAAACCAUUCAGGACCUCAUUGGAAGUGAGGGCCACUACUCUAUAGGAAUCAACACUGAGUGUGAUGCUCCUGUGACCGUUCUGUAAAGUAAACCUGUUCAUGCGCCAACCUAAGAGGAUGUCAUCAUGCUUUAGUAUAAAUGAGAGGAGGAGUGUGGGCCAAAGCAGCUGUCAGAUGUGUGCUUGUAUUUACAUCCUUGAAUUUCUUUUGUACAGCCAUGUUCAUUUUUUUUAAUGCCAAAUGCAGUGUGAUGAAUAACGGUAAACUAUGUAGUCUUUCAAUAAAAGUCGU